AAUUUUAUUACCAAAAUGGAUGAAGGAGAAAGAGCUAAUUUAAGACGCGCGUUUUCAUUUACUUCUUCAUCUAUUGAACUGAGGCGAAGAGACAAGACUCUAGUUGCCAGACAUAAGCUAUUGUCACAUCUUCCAGGAGAAGAUGGCCCAGCAGAACUUACUGAUGUAGAUGACGUUUGCCGUUGUUUACUCUGCCAGCAAACACGACAGUUUAGUCUUCCAGCUUUAACCAUAGAAACGAAACUCGUUCCUAUCCCUCGUACCUACGGCGAAGUAUGUUUGAAUAACCGAGAGAGUUUCAUUGAAAAUGUCUGGGCGGAGCAUAUCAUACCAGAGCUAAGGCCACCCCUAGAACUUAGUAACCUAGACAAACAGCUUCUUCGAUCAGAGAAAUCUCGUCGAAAUAGAUCUGAGAUUCUGUUCGAUUUGUUGCUGCAGAAAGUUGACGAGCAUGGACACAAAGCGUUCUUUAUGUUGCAUGGGAUACUGGAUCGAACUUAUCCCUAUGUUUCCGAUCUUGUGUGGAAUGAUCUUAUGAAAAUGACGGCACCAUCACCAGAGAUUGUCCUUCCAAGGCAUUCCCCGGCACCACCAAAUCACAACAAAGAUGCCAUUAAUGGAACGAUGUCGGAUACAGAGUAUUCACACGAAAUUCGAAAAAGCCGUAAACGCUAUGAUCUGAAAUCCAAUUUGAAUAUCAUGCAACAGGAACUUCUGUCAACUGGAGCAGAUAGUUUAGCAAGAUCAAAGCAGCUUGAUAGAGCAUCACAACUUAUCGCAGAAGCAAACAGCGCCAUCAAGAUGCUUGAAGCACGAUUGAAGGGAGUUGAGCAUGAAAGAGAAGAAGCACAGCAUUUGGAGAGGGUGGCACAAAUGCAAUGUAAAGACUUAAAAAAACAAAUGGAAAUGUUAGAAGAUGAGAGCCGAAGAAGUCGUAAACGAGAUGAAGAUCAAAGGAAAAGAUGGGAUAACCAGCAAAAGAUAAAGAUGGAGGAACUUCAGAAGAUGAACGAUGAACUCAAAUCUCUAGAGAAUGAUCUACACAGAACACAGUUGGAGCAGAAUCGCAAACAGGAAGAGUUAACUCACAGAGACAGGAAUUUGAAUUUAGUUGAGAAUAGCUUAAAAGAACAAGAAGAGAACCAGCGAGACCGUUCGGCAAAGUCAAUUAAAAAGCAACAAACUAUGAAACAGCGUGAGGUAG